AUGUCGCCGGUUGGUUACAAAGGUUUACCUUUCAUUACCCUUUUUCAGCUUCCUUUGACUGGAAUAUCUUCUUGGAAUUCAAUAUACAUUUCCGGAUGCUGCGCAUUUAUUCAAGCUACGCAGUUCAGUAUAUUUUUCAGCUCAAUGUGGCCAUAUUUGUUGAAAGUUAGAACCCAUUUGUUCAAUUGUUUGGCUCUUUAUUCAAAUUUCAGCUAAAACCAGAUGUUCGUCAAGAUAGUUUUGGAGUUGUAGUUUCUGCGUACAGUUUUGCACAAUGCAUUGGAUCUCCUUUUUUUGGAUAUUGGAGCAACAAAAUCGGGCAGGUUGAUCCAACUUCCGUGAUUUUCAAAUCUCGCUUCAGGUCAGAAUUCCCUUGAUUUUCGGGUAUUUGAUUAUGGCUGCUGGCAAUAUCACUUAUCUUUCUCUACAAUUCCUGCCUAGUUAUCAUUUGCAAAUGAUGAUGUUAGCUCGAUUCAUCGCGGGAGCAGGGACAGGUGGACUUUCAUUCGAUAAAUGGUGAUGUGGAUUGAUUUUUUUUAGGAAAUAUGUCCCUUCUACGCGCUUAUGUUUCUACAGCCUCCACGUCGACAGAUAGAUCAAGAGCUUUGGCUUGCGUUUCUGGAGGGAUCGCAGUAGGAACAAUGAUUGGACCUGGUAAAUUGAUAUUAAUGGAAAUAAUAAUUCGUUGCUCAAGGAAUGCAACUGCUAUUCACACCGCUCGGAGAAAAAGGAGUUGAUUUCGUUCUGAACCUGAACAUUUACACAGCGCCCGCGUUAUUUUCCUUGGGGCUCAACAUUGUCGGCUUGGUUUUUGUAAAGUUUUGGUUCGUCGAGCACACUGUGAUACAAGUUGAAGCCAGUAAAAUUGAUGGUGAAGUGAAUGAAACUUCCUUAUCUGAACGUUUUGCACCACCUUUCUUCAGGUCGAAACCAAGCUCCCUGAUCCUAAUAUCGUAGCCCUGAUGGUAUGUAUAUUGACAAGGUUCACCCAAAUCUUCGUUCAAACUUCAAUAGAGACGUAGAAUCUGUGAAAAGAAAUGUAUGAAGCAGCGUUUUCAGCUUGGGAUCGGCGUAUUCGAUGAUGAUGUUCGGUUUCGAGAAAGAACAGGCUGUCAGUGUGAACGCCGGAGUGCACAUGGCGGCUGGCACCAUUGCAGCUUUAUUCUAUGUAUUUUUCAUCCUCUUCAAUCCAAAGAAAUUGUAACUGAUUUUAUAUUCUUUUUUCAUGUUGUUUACAGUAUUCGAGUUCGAUCUUUUUGCGCUCUAUCGUUAUUCUUCAUGCUUUUGAUGUUCAUCGCAACUUAUUCUUACCCUUUUUUGGGAGAAAAAGUUCAUCUUUCAUCUAAUGGUUCGAAAAACAAGUGCCAAGAUCUUCAAAGUGAUUUUUUAGCAAGCGACGCUGACUGCAAUCGUGAAAAGUACCAGUGGUGCGACUCUCUGACGACCACACCCGUUUGGGUAUUAUUUCACUUUUCUAUCAAAAUUUUGAAAGUUCAAAUGAAGGUUUACUAUUCCGGAUACGUAUUGGUUUUUGGGAUUGCAAAUUCAUUCCUCAACAUAUCUCUCACUACACUCUACUCAAAAGUUGUUGGUCCACGACCUCAGGUUUGUUCAAAAUAUCUAAAAUGAUUUUGAGAUACUCCGGAUUCAACAAGUAAGUGCUCAACAGUUUUUUAUUUUUGAAAAAUACCGUCAUGAUUCCCCUCAAUAUGAGUUGUUGAUAAAAAAAGAUGAUAUAUUGCUCAGAAGCGGUAAUUGUAUCAUUUUCUACGACCAUCAUACUUCUUUUCAGGGAACUCAUCAAGGAUUUUUCCAAAUGUCGGGCUCUAUUGGUAGGCUCAUCGCACCAUUGUUGAUGAGGUACUUUCAAUAAAAAAGGUUUUAAAUAAAUAUUUUCAGUUGGCUUUUAUGCUGCAUACGGACCCAGAAUCCCAUGGAUCAUCAAAAUGAGCGAUGUCAGCUAUAAUUUUCAUUUCUCGUUUUGAUAUUUUUUUUCAGGUUACUCUCAUGCUGUUUUUAUGGUUCAUAUUCCGCAAGAACAUGAUUCCAUUCGAGAAAAAUCAGUUAUCACAAAAGACCAUAACUGA